AAUAAUUCCACUUAAAAAAAUGUGUGUGUUUUUAGGUGUGUCAGUGUGUGUAUCACAUGUUAUAUGUAUAGGAGCUUCAGUCUCUCUAUCUAUAUAUCUAUCUCUGUGUGUGUGUGUAUAUAUACAGCCAUACAGAGAGCUUGGUGGUGGUGGUGGUGGAGGAUUACGGUGGCAGAUGGCGGAGUUCACACAUUUGGUGGUGGUGAAGUUCAAGGACGAAGUGGUGGUGGAGGAGAUCAUCAAAGGGUUGGAGAAGCUUGCUUCCGAAAUUGAUAAUGUCAAAUCCUUUGCUUGGGGAAAGGAUAUUGAAAGUAUGGAAAUGCUAAGGCAAGGGUUCACCCAUGCUUUCAUGAUAACCUUUGGGUCCAAAGAUGAUUUCACUGCUUUCCAAACCCACCCAAACCAUAUCGAAUUCUCGGCUACGUUCUCGGCUGCCAUCGACAAGAUCGUGCUUCUUGAUUUCCCGGUUGUCGCUGUCAAGCCCCCGACUGCUUGACGAUUGAAAACGAGUUUUAAAAAAUCUCAAGAAAUUAAGGAAAUGUUUUCUAGUUUGAUGUGUGUUUUUGUGAGAUCUGAUUGAUUGUAUGACGUACUCAGUCUGGAUUUUUGAAUAAACCAAGUUGAAACUGGUUCGAAAUAAUGUACAGUUUUCAAUGCAUGAGAUACAAGUCAUUAAAGCAUUUGUGUCGUAAGGGAACUUAAAUAUUUUGAGAACC